AUGUCUUUCCCCCAGCUGGGCUACCAGUACAUCAGGCCGAUUUACCCGGCGGAACGCCCGGGCAGCGGCGGCUCCCGCGGCGGCGCCGAGCUGGCCCCGUCCGGGACCCUCUCCAACGUGCUCUCCUCCAUGUACGGCGCGCCCUACGCCGCCGCCGCCGCCGCCCAGGGCUACGGAGCCUUCCUGCCCUACGCCGCCGAGCUGCCCAUCUUCCCCCAGCUGGGCGCCCAGUACGAGCUGAAGGAGAGCCCGGGGGUGCAGCACGCCACCUUCCCCCACCACCACCCCGCCUUCUACCCCUACGGGCAGUACCAGUUCGGGGACCCUUCGCGGCCCAAGAACGCCACCCGGGAAAGCACCAGCACCCUCAAGGCCUGGCUCAACGAGCACCGGAAAAACCCCUACCCCACCAAGGGCGAGAAGAUCAUGCUGGCCAUCAUCACCAAAAUGACCCUCACCCAGGUCUCCACCUGGUUCGCCAACGCCCGGCGGCGGCUCAAAAAGGAGAACAAAAUGACCUGGGCCCCCCGCAGCAGGACGGACGAGGAGGGCAACUCCUACAGCAGCGACCACGAGGGGGAAGAGGACAAGAGGGAGGACGAGGAGGAGAUCGACCUGGAGAACAUCGACACCGAGAACAUCGAGAGCAACAAGGACGAGCUGGAGGACGAGCUGCAGGACGCCGACCUCCUGCACUCCGACUCCAAGACAGACUCGGAGGGCUCCGAGGGCUUCGAGGACCUGCCCGGCUCCGAGGAGCGCUACCUCAAGGCCGCCGAGGGGGAUCCGCACCACCUCCGCCACCACCACCUCCACCACCAUCACCACCACCAUCACCAUCACAAGUGCGAGAUCCCCGCUGCCGCCGCCCCCGCCGGCCUGGAGCCCCUCAAGCCGCCCCUCCAGCCCCCUCCGCACCACCUCUCGCCCCCCUCCUCCGCCUCCUCCUCCGCCGCCUCCUCUCCGACGGACGGCGCUUUGGCCGGCACCCUGCCGAAGCCCAAGAUCUGGUCGCUGGCGGAGACGGCCACCAGCCCGGACAACCCCCGCAAGUCUCCCGGCGGCGGCUCCCCACCGGCGGCCGCCCCCCAGCCGCUGCCGCUGCCCCCCCCCCCGCCCCCGCCACCCCACAGACUCGUCUCCUCCUGCCCCCUGAGCAAGUUCCCCAACUGGACCAACCGCGCCUUCCCGGCCCACCACCACCACCCGCCCCCGCACCCGCUGGCCUUACUGAACACUCCCCACCUGCUGGGGCUGGGGGCCGCUCCCACCGCCCCUCCGGCCGCCGCCGCCGCUUUCCCGCGGCCCGCGGACCAGGCGCAGAGCGCGGAACCCGCCGGAGCAGAUCGAUCUAGUGCCUUGGAAGUAGAGAAAAAGUUAAUAAAGACAGCUUUCCAGCCAGUGCAGAGGCGGCCUCAGAACCAACUCGAUGCCGCUAUGGUUCUAUCGGCGUUGUCAUCAUCAUAGUUAAUUUUUUAUUGUUGUUGUAAUGAUUGUAAAAAAAAUAAAUCUCUGUAUAGUUACGACUUGUAAGCAUGUCCGUAUAUUAAAACUAAAAAGGAAAAAAAAAACAACACCCGCUUCUGUACUAUCAUCUGGAUUAGCUGAGUUUGUGAGGUUUUUUGGAAGUCCAGUGAGAAUUAGGUGUUUCGAUUUUUUGUUGUUGUUGUUGUUUUUGUACAUACAGUAAAAAUGUACAUAUGUGUGAACCAAAUUGUACAAGAAAGUAUAUAUUUUUGGCUAAUAAAUAAACUGUUGCC